GAAGAUGGCGGCGUCCGCGGUCUGCCGGGCUGCUAGCGCUGGGGCACGGGUGUUGUUACACCCUGGGGGUUCGCCAGCCCUACUGAGGGCCCCUGCCCUGCGAGGAACAGCCACCUUCGCUCAGGCCCUCCAGAACGUGCCUGAGACGCAGGUCAGCCUGCUGGACAACGGGCUGCGUGUGGCCUCGGAGCAGUCCACCCAACCUACCUGCACGGUGGGAGUGUGGAUUGACGCUGGCAGCCGCUAUGAGACUGAGAAGAACAAUGGGGCAGGCUACUUUGUGGAGCAUCUGGCUUUCAAGGGAACAAAGAAUCGGCCUGGGAGUGCUCUGGAGAAAGAGGUAGAGAGCAUGGGGGCCCAUCUUAAUGCCUACAGCACUCGGGAGCACACAGCUUAUUACAUUAAGGCGCUAUCCAAGGACCUGCCGAAAGCUGUGGAGCUCCUGGCUGACAUUGUGCAGAACUGCAGCCUGGAAGAUUCACAGAUUGAGAAGGAGCGAGACGUGAUCCUUCGGGAGCUGCAGGAGAAUGAUGCUUCCCUACGGGAUGUGGUCUUUGACUACUUGCACGCCACGGCAUUCCAGGGCACUCCCCUGGCUCAGGCUGUCGAGGGGCCCAGUGAGAAUGUCAGGAAGCUGUCGCGUGCAGACCUGACAGAGUACCUCAGCAGGCAUUACAAGGCCCCUCGAAUGGUGCUGGCAGCGGCUGGAGGGGUGGAACACCGCCAGCUGCUCGACCUUGCCCAGAAGCACUUCAGCAGCAUCUCUGGGGCCUAUGCAGAGGACACUGUGCCCUCUGUGGAGCCAUGCCGCUUCACUGGCAGUGAGAUCCGCCAUCGUGACGAUACCCUGCCCCUGGCCCAUGUGGCCAUUGCAGUGGAAGGGCCUGGCUGGGCCAACCCAGACAAUGUAGCCCUCCAGGUGGCCAAUGCCAUUAUCGGCCACUAUGACUGUACCUAUGGUGGUGGCAAGCACCUGUCUAGCCCACUGGCUUCAGUUGCUGUGACCAACAAGCUGUGCCAAAGUUUCCAGACAUUCAACAUCUGCUAUGCAGAAACCGGCCUGCUAGGUGCCCACUUUGUCUGUGACCAUAUGAGCAUCGAUGACAUGAUGUUCUUCCUGCAGGGCCAGUGGAUGCGCCUAUGUACCAGCGCCACAGAGAGUGAGGUGGUACGAGGCAAGAACAUCCUCCGAAAUGCCUUGGUGUCCCAUCUGGAUGGCACUACCCCUGUAUGUGAGGACAUCGGACGCAGCCUGCUGACCUAUGGCCGCCGCAUUCCCCUGGCCGAGUGGGAGAGUCGGAUUUCGGAGGUGGAUGCAAGCGUAGUGCGCGAGGUCUGCUCUAAGUACUUCUAUGACCAGUGCCCGGCAGUGGCUGGAUUGGGCCCCAUCGAGCAGCUUCCAGACUACAACCGGAUCCGUAGUGGCAUGUUCUGGCUGCGCUUCUAGGCAGGAAGCCUGUGCAAGAAAAAGGGUGGGUCUGGGGCUCAUGGUGCCCCCAACACACACAUACUACCCUGACUCCUCAAACCCUUGC